CAUUGUUCUCAUACACACUCCUCCCGGGAAUAUACACACAUCUUCCCCCAUCAUCAUCAUCGUCACCAUUAGCAUCAGCAGCAUCUAUCUUCUCAUCACCGCUCACUCAUCACACGUUGGCGCUAUUUUAAGCUCAUACUGUGGUCUCUCACCUUCUUGUUACAGUGUUCUAAACGCGCGUAGUUUGCCUCACCAGGAAUAAUCUUCAAAUUCGCCUCCCAUACAUACAUUGGCUUUGCAGGAUCGAGCCUCAUCGCGCCAACUGACGCCCACCCUCACUUCAAGCAACCCCUCUUACACGUCAACUCCAUCACUUCCACAAUAGCUGCCGAACCUUUGUAUCGGCACUUCCCCUAAACAAAAGGAGUUUCAGACGAUUAUUAGGCGACGAGGAGAAAAGGCUACGAUACCCUUUCGUUGCCGCGCUUCCUCGUCGUCCGAUUACCGGACUCCGCCAUCCUAAUCAACAUGGCCCUUUCUGUGUCUAAUCCACCCACGACACCGCGACGAGUAAAGGUGUAUGAGUUGCGGAAUAAUGAUUGGUUUGAUCGGGGAACUGGAUAUUGCACGGGACAGUUAGUUAAUGACGAACCACAUAUACAAGUGAAAUCGGAAGAGGAGCAGGAUCGUAUGCUGUUGGAAACAAAGAUAAUAAAAGAUGAUGGAUAUCAAAAGCAGCAGGAAACCUUAAUUGUAUGGACAGAGCCACAUGGUACAGAUAUGGCUUUGAGCUUUCAAGAGCCAGAAGGUUGUGCUGCAAUAUGGGAGUUUGUGAGCCAUGUUCAGAGUCAUCUUCUGUCGGUAUCUGGCGCAGAUGAAAUACUCUCAGACGAUGCGAACGAAACCCUCAUUGGUUCAGUGAUGCUACCUUCCCCCGAGCUGGGGAAUCUUACUGAGAUCGAGGCUACGAUCCGAUCGGCGAGCUCAACCGCCCAGGCCAGAGAUUCCCUAGGGAAAUUCGUCCUAAGUGAAGAUUUUAUUCGAAAGCUCAUUCCGCUGCUGGGUGUGGCUGAAGAUUUGGAGAGUCUGGUGAAUCUGCAUAGGCUGUGCAACAUUAUGAAGAUGAUAAUUUUACUGAAUGAUACCUUGAUCAUCGAGCAUAUUGUCACGGACGAGGUCAUAUUUGGUGUUGUAGGGAUCUUGGAAUACGAUCCUGAUUUCCCAAGCCACAAGGCUAACCACCGGCAAUUUUUGUCUGAUACGUCCAAGUUCAAGGAGGUAGUGCCGAUCAAGGACCCAGAGAUCAAGAAGAAGAUCCAUUGGACUUACCGAUUACAAUACUUGAAAGAUGUUGUUCUUGCUAGGAUUCUUGACGACCCUACCUUCUCGGUGCUUAACUCUCUUAUCUUUUUCAACCAAGUGGAUAUUUUACAGCACCUCCAGAGCAACCAGGCGUUCUUGAAGGAGCUCUUUUCAAUCUUCCACUCUGCAGAGUCGGAUCCAACCCAGAAAAAGAACGGUGUUUUGUUCAUCCAACAAUGUUGCUCAAUUGCAAAGAACCUCCAAGGACCUGUAAGAACCCAGCUCUACAACCACUUUAUCCAAAACGGACUCUUUGCUGUCAUAGAUUUCGCGCUGCUCCACGAUGAUGCUUCUGUCCGCAUUGCAGGUACGGACGUUUUGGUGGCCAUGAUCGAUCACGACCCAGCAAUGAUGCGAGCGUUCAUCUUUCGGCAAAUUAGCGACAAGCAAAAGCCAUUGACGGACACCUUGAUUGAAUUGCUAUUGGGGGAGCAGGAUCUGGGGGUAAAAGCACAAAUCGCAGAUGCUAUCAGAAUUCUGCUAGAUCCCUCUACAGGGUUGCAGAUCGAGGGACUUGGAAAGGCUAGUGACAUAACCUCGCGGUUGCAUCCUCGAAAUCAUAGUGCGGACCGUGAAACUGAGAAUUUUUUAAAGACCUUUUACGACGACUCCGCGAAGAAGCUAUUCCUCCCCUUGUCAGAGCUCGAUACCAGAAAAUCAUUAAAAGGCUUGUCAAUAGCGGAAGUAUCGCUAUUCUCCCACCUCGUGGAUACGCUAUGUUUCUUUGUCCGGCAGCACGCAUUCCGAGGAAAGUACUUCUUUCUGGCAGAGAAUCUCCCCUCGAGGGUUGCACAGCUGCUCCAAUCACCCGAGAAACAUCUGAAACUAUCGGCGUUGAAGUUCUUCCGAACGUGCGUUGGUUUACAGGAUGAGUUUUAUAUCCGGCAUAUGAUCAAAUGGAAGCUGUUCGGACCGAUACUGGGCAUCGUUAUUGACACUAUGCCGAGGGACAACCUGCUAAAUUCUGCCUGUCUCGAAUUUUUCGAGUUCAUCAAGAGGGAGAACAUUAAACAGAUAAUUGUCCACUUGGGCGAGAACUAUCGUGAUGAAAUGAAGGAGAUAACCUAUGUUGAUACUUUCAACAUGUUAAUAUUAAGAUGCGAACAGUUGCAAGAUACAACCAUGCCUUCAUCAUAUGUUCAGGAAGACAAGUCCAUUAGGAAUCACGUCAAUGGUGCCAGAAGGUGGCAGGGUGUCAAGGAUAUGGACGCUGCCGAGGAAGAGUAUUUCAAUACUUCCGAUGAAGAGGAUAACGCUCCGGCACCCAAGGACAGUCCUAUUAAGGGUGCUAAUGGCAGCGGAUCCCCGGUACCCAAGCCACUGGUUGACUACGCAGACGACGACCCAAUGGAUACUGCUGAUGAGAGCAAACCCGAGGAGGAGAGGAGGGCUACUACGGAGGCCAAGUCAGCACCCGAAGGGGCCAGUUCAGCUAGUCCGACUACUUCCCCUACUACUUCUACUUCGCAAAGGCCUGAUAAUGACGUGCUAUCUGGAGCUCCCAUGCCCGAAAGGUUAUCGGAGAAACGAAGGCGCGAGGAGGAGGAUGAUGAUGAGCUCGGAAAAUUACGAAACAAACGCCGCAGCCCUACUGGUAGUGGGAGUGCAAAUGCCCUGACCAAGAAGCGCAGUUCUGGACCUGGUGGUAGUCCACCUACUAAAAAGAUAGCUAUCAACCUGGCCGUCAAGACAAGUACAGGAGGCAGUGACGGUGGUGGCGGUGGAGGGGAGAUCACCAGGGAUGGAGGAGGCGAACCAGAUGACGAAAAAUAGAUGGGAUGGGCGACGGAUAGUGUAGGGGGAGUUCCGAAUCAUUUUACUUCGAUCAAUACCUAUUCUCAAUUCAGUUCCCUUUCUCUGGUCUUUGUUUGCAUACGGAUUCCCCGCUUAUUGCCCUGCUAUUUUUGAGCUUUCCCCCUUUUUUUUCCCAUUUCUUUUUUUCACACCUAACCUCGGCGUAUCUGAUUUUAGUGAUUGCUUCUCUUCUACCAUCUCCCCCUCUCUCUCUCUCUCUUUUUUCUUUUCUUUUCUUUUCUUUUUUUUUUAAAAAAAAAUUAGCUUCUUGUUCACCUCAGGAGGAAACCAAAUGUCCGGAGGACCCGAUUUCUGGGAUGGGCUGGGUCUGGAGGAAUGGAACGAACUAGGAAAUCAAAUGUAGAGAUGGGAAAAAUGAAACGGGCAGGAAGGAAAAGCCAACACUGUAUGAUAAAAACCGUUUCUUGUAUCAGGGGGUUCUUUUCAAAGGGUUUUUUUUGUACAUUCUUCCAACACUUUUUCUCUCUUCUCUCUUUCUAACCUUCUGUAUUUUUCUUCUCUUUUUUCUUGUCUAGGACAGGGAGAAUGAAAUGAAGAGAGGGGGAAAAAACUCCUUCACCUGACGAGGGGUUUUAUCUUCACUAGGCAUACCGCAUUGACGAAAGACCACCCGAACAUGGCUGAUAUUGGAAGAGAGCAUGGAAGAAAUGGUAAAAAGAAACAAAUUAUAUUCGGGGACAAUGUCAUGAUCCGACCACUUUUAUAUUCUCUAUGGUCCAUGGUAUAAGUUGCGUUUUUUUCUUUCCCUUUUUUCCUUUUAUUUCCUUCCUAAACGCUUACUUGCUUUCCUUCCUUCUCAUGUGUGCCAUCCAGCUUUCCUUCCGCAACGGGAGAAUGAAGGGGGGGGUUACGGGAAGAUUGGGUUUUUUUUUGAGAAACCCAAAAUUGUACAGUAAUCAAAUCAGUGUUAUCCUACGGUA